CAUUGAUCUCCUACAUAUUGGCUACGUAAUAAGACCAAAUAAACACAAGCAAUGCUGCUACUUGUAGACUUUGAGUCAGCGUCGCUUUCCUUUGUUCAUUUUCUUUCUCAUCCUCUGCUGACGUGGACGUGAACGUAUGGCAGCUGGUAGGUUUUCAGUCUAUCACCUUUUUUUCAUGAUGUUACCAGUAAUUUGCGUUCGAUUCACUCGUCUUACACCAAAAGCCUCUGAUCUUUCAUUCUUUUUCAUUGAGAGAUCUUUUAUGAAUACUGACCUUCUUUCCAUUCACAGGUCCUUCAUAAAACUUUUCUGGCGUGUUUGUAGAUUUCAUCUGCUACUUUGAACCCAACGACCAAGAGCCCAUGGCUGAGAAUUCACAAUCAUCUACGCCUGCGCAAGGUAGUGGGACACCUACCCGAGGUUCCAGCAAUGCAGGUGACGUCCCUGUGGCCGAGUUUAAGGUGUAUAAGCCUCCAACAUCAACGACCAGCACUCUUUUAGAAGAACUGCCAGACUCCUACUUCAUCCUAUCUCCUGCUGACCUGAAGGCUGCUCAAGCAACAUUAAGCGCUCGGACACGAUCAUUAGUUGAUGCCCCACUACAAGUACGAGCUCAGCGAGAGGCAGCAGAGAAGUCAAAAAGAGAUCGAUGGCCAAAUACAACGAUACGUGUCAGAUUCUCUGAUCGAACACAACUGGAGAAGACAUUUCCCUCUACGGACAAAAUUCGCUCUGUGUACGCAUUUGUGCGGUCGUCCCUCCGAGAUGAUGUCAAGUCUAUCAAGUUCAUCCUAUAUCAAUCUCCUCCCAAGCGCGACUUGAAGGUAUCUGACCCAGAUGUUCGUGAUUUAAGCUUGGUACAACUCCAGCUUGCUCCAUCAUCGAUACUCCUUCUGCGUUUCGAAGAUGAGUCUUUGAAUGGCACGAAUGUCCCUGCACCCCUCUUGCCAUCCAUUGCGGCAAGCGCGGUCGAGUUACCGAAACUCCCCAGUGUUGAUGCCGAACCUCCCAAGGUGGAGAAGUCUGCUACACCUCCCACAACGUCGAGCACAAGUACCGAGAAGAAGAUACCUAAGUGGCUGAAGGCAGGUCUAAGAAAGUGAAAGGAAGAGCAAACACGUGUAUUAUCUUGAAUCUCAAUUCGAGGUCCACCCACAUAGUUACCAGCUUCUACUAUAUAUCAUCGU